AAUGCGAGCGAGAAAGCCAAGUCAGUGAGCUUACAAACUGCAUCUACUAUAAAGAGCAAGUAGGCGAGCCAAGGAUCUAAUUUAACUACAUAAGGUGAGCCAAAAAAGCUAAUAUAAUCACGGGAGAUGAGCCAAGACGCUAAUUUAGUCACGGGAGGUGAGCCAAGAAGUUAAUUUAGCCAAAUGAGGUGAACCAACUCAGCCAAGGAGCUAGAUUAGCACUUCUGGUGAGCCAAGAAUCUAAAUUUGAUGCUUAUAUUGAGCAAAGUUCAGCAAUGUGAGCCAAGGAACUAAGUUACAUAAAGGAAGCUUGGUGACUUAGCGCAAGCUGGCUAAGGAUCGUCACUUUGCAGCAUGCCUGAAGGACCAGAAUUAUUCCUGGCAUCGAUUUUCAUCAAUACUGUAAGUCAGGAGAGACUUUAUGGAGGGCGAGUUGUGAAGUCGGAAGUGUCAACCAGGAACCCUGAGGUGGCAUGGGAGGCCGCCGAGUACAACUUGCACGCUGUGGCCCGAGGCAAGGAGCUGAAGGUGACGCUGUGUGAAGGAGCGAAAGAUCAGAAAGGUGGAAAAGCUCUGGAUAUUGUCUUCCGGUUUGGAAUGUCGGGCUCCUUCAAGUUCACACCGGUUGAUGAUAUGCCCAAACAUGCCCAUUUAAGGUUCUACACCAUUAAUGAAGAAAUCCCAAUGGUGCUGAGUUUUGUUGAUUAUCGUCGCUUUGGUCGCUGGGAAGUUGGAGGCACUUGGGGUCGUGACCGAGGUCCGGACCCAGUGUGGGAAUAUGAGAGUUUUAGAGAAAAUAUUAUGGCAAAUCUUGACUCAUCAGUGUUUAAAAAGCCUAUUUGUGAAGCAAUGUUGGAUCAGAAGUAUUUUAAUGGCAUUGGCAACUACUUGAGAGCAGAAAUUUUAUACAGAGGCAACAUUCGUCCCUUUGAUGAGGCAAGGGAAGUACUGAGUGAGUUAAAGCCUUUCAGCAAGUGGAAUACAGUGCAAACCAAACAAGAGAAAGAUGAUAUGUGUGAAGUUAAGCCUGACUUUCUGGAUCUUUGUUGCAUUUUGCCUAAAGAAGUGAUCCACCUUAGUGGAGGUGGAAAAGGCUAUAAUGUUGAUCCUGAUGCUGAUGACAACGAAUACAAGGAAUUUCGGGCCUGGCUGCAGUGUUAUUAUCAGGAUGGAAUGAGAAAUCUGGUUGAUCACAACGGUCGCACCAUGUGGUUUUCUGGAGAGCCCGGGCGUCUAGCUCCCAAAGAUGUAUCUUCAAGAGGUAAAGUUAAAAGAAAGAUGAUAAAGAAAAACGAACAGCAGGAAAGUGGGGUGGAAGUGCCAAAUACAAUAGCUGAGAAAAAGGGAAGACGUAAAGCUAAGCAAGCAAAGCAUGAAGCAGGAGAGGAGAAAAUGCAAGUAAAUAUUAACAAAGCAUCUCGGAAACAACCAAAAGAAGCUGCAAAAGAAGACUCGUGUUCCGAGCCUACAUUGUCAUCAAGACUGCGAAAUAAGUGGAGCAAGUUACAGGAAUCCACAACAGCUACUGAUAUAGUUAAGAAAAAACUAGCGAAAAGAGUAAAUAAAACAGCUUCCAGGACCACAAAAAUUGACAAGGCAUAUGCAGGUCCCAUUUUACGGUCUUCUGGACAGAAAAUGUCUCUGUAGAAUAAAAAUACAUUUUGAUAGCUUCAAUGUAAAUAUUUAAGAUUUUUAUUAUAUUACAAUUACAAAAGAAUACUGUUCAUUAAUGUUAGGCUUUAUAUAUAAUGUAAAAGUAAUUUCUUAAACUAUUUUUUAUAUUUUAUGUAACAAGCUUGAGUACACAGCAGUGUGCUGUUAUCCUGUUGUGUGUGAGGGAUUACCAAGAGUAGGUCAUGGGUUUCUGUAAUUACAGAGUAGAUCAAGAUCUGGCUAUGAGUUUCUCUAAUUACAGAGUAGAUCAAGAGCUGGCUAUGAGUUCUUUUAUUUACAGAGUAGAUCAAGAGCUGGCUAUGAGUUCCUCUAUUUACAGAGUAGAUCAAGAGCUGGCUAUGAAUUCCUCUAUUUACAGAGUAGAUCAAGAGCUGGCUAUGAAUUCCUCUAACAGCUCCAUCUCACAGAAUGGUUAGUCAGACAUGGAGUCAUGAUAAAACAUGAGAUGAGCUUAACUAAGGAGCUGGAUAAAAGCUGAAGUUUUGUUUUCUUUCUUACUCUACUGUCUCUUGCAAUGUAUUUCUCAAAUUUCUUUUCUAUAAAAUAGCUUUAUUUACUUUGGUAAAAUAUGUCUUAAAAAUGUAAUUUUAUAAACUGGAAUGCAGAAGUUCAGAGAAUAUGGUAAUGUUAUUUAAGACUAAAUAAUGGUCUGUAUUCAAAUAGAGGAUAAUUAUAUUUUAUUGGAAAAUUUGGGGGAUUAAAUAAAUGACUUUUUUGUAA